UGUUUGUUACACACGUGUUCUCUCUGCCUGUUCCUCUGCAGGCUACGUGUAUAAUGGCCGCUAACGUAACUGUAGUAGAAUUGGGGUUCCUGCAGGAGAGUGAAUCGUGGCGGUUGCUCAGCCCGCAGUUCCCCAGUAAGGCAGGCGGCCGACCAGCCUGGUUGGGUGAGGCAGGUGUGCCGGGUCCUGAGGCGCUGCAGUGUGGUGUGUGCGGGAAGCCCCUCGCCUUUUUGCUACAGGUGUACGCGCCGUGCACCGGGAGCUUCCACAGGACUGUCUUCCUCUUCUGUUGCCGCGAUCCCAAAUGUCACCAGGUGGCAGAAAAUCGCUGCUUCAAAGUUUUUAGAAAUCAACUGCCUCGGAAAAAUACUACUUAUUCUUAUGGCCCACCACCUGAUUCACCCCCAUGUGAUGGAGAAAACUCUACAAGAUUUCAGUUGAAAUGUGGCCUUCGUCUCUGUAGAGUUUGUGGCUGUUUGGGGCCAAAGUCAUGCUCAAAAUGUCAUAAAGUGAAUUUCUGUAGCAAAUUGCAUCAAGUGAUGGACUGGAAGCUACAACAUAAGCAGUUAUGCAGUGAAGAGUUUGAUGUGAACAGUGUUGAAGUUCCAGAUCACAAAUUUCUGUUUCCAGAAUAUGAACUUGUCACAGAACCUGAGGAGCUGGUUUCUGAUACAAAUCCAGUUGAAGAAUAUAACCUAGCGGCUGGGAUGGAUGUGGAAAUAUGCCCAACUGAAGUGACAUUGCCAAAUAUUGAAUCAUUCAUUGAUGACCUGUCCUUAGAUGAGAGUGAAUUGUCAGCUAUGGCAAAGCAUGAGACUGAAGAAGAAAAGUUUUUUAACAAAUUCAAGAAACGCAUUUCAACUGAACCUGAACAGGUUUUGAGGUAUUGCCGUGGUGGGGGGCCCCUGUGGAUUUCACUCCAGAAUGUCCCAGAAGAGAUCGAUAUCCCUAACUGUGCAUGUGGAGCCAAAAGGCUGUUUGAAUUCCAGGUAAUGCCACAGUUAUUGAACCAUCUAAAAGUGGACAGCCUUCAGGAGAGCAUUGAUUGGGGCAUUCUGGUAGUAUAUACAUGCUCUUCUAACUGCAUUGCAGAAACACAGUAUGCCGAGGAAUUCCUGUGGAAACAAGAUGUGCCGGCAGACACAAUAUAAUAUGUACUGAUUUGCAACGUCUUUAUGCAUUCAUAUAUCCUCCGAAAGAAAAUUGCUAUAUUGUAUAUUUGAAUGGUUUGACAAAGUUAUUGCACUUUAUUUAACAGCUAUGUGUUGAAAAUGACAAUCUCAGCAAAUAGAUGACAUGCUUUGAGAAGCCCCACUGUAUAGCUUCUGUUUAUAUCACUGCUAUACUCACAGUACUGUGGGAGUAUUAACUGAAAGCAACCAAAUAACUGACUGCAGCCUAUUAGUUUGUAGUCUGCACUUUAGUCCAUCAAAUUUUGUAUUGUAAUGUACUCUUCAAACAUGUCUCCGUUUUUUCUGUUUUAUAAAGAGUAACAAAAGAAUGAGUCAGUAGAUUUCAUUAUAUACUUCAUGGUUUAUUUUAACAUAUUUAAUUAAGAAAUCUGCAUUCAUACAAUGUCUUUUCUCUUACGUCCUAGAGGAUGCUGGGGUCCACAUUAGUACCAUGGGGUAUAGACAGGUCAUCCAUAAAAUGUCUUUGUUUUCACUAGCAAGACAAAUACUCUGGCAAUAUACAGAAAGUUAUGUUUUUUGAAGUUGAAUGUUCAGGAAGAGUUUACAGUGCUAGGUUGUCACUUGGUGAACAUGUCACCAACACAUAUUUUAAGCACCCUAAUUAUGGGAUGAACCAAUGUUCAUGAGCCCCUCACAUGAGAAACUGGUCCAUAAUGAUAUAAGUCCCUUCUAAUGAAUGUUAAGCUAGGUACACACUAAGCGAUCACUCGCAUCCGUGCAUUGCGGGCAGUGCGUAUACCCAAUAUGCGGUGUGCCUGCAGUCGCUAGCGACGUCAGGUUUGAUGUCCUGCAUAUCGCUAGCGAUCACAUGUAUUCUAAUGAAGGACGGAACAAUGAUCAUUCUUGCCUUCAUUAACAUUGCUCAUUGUGUACCUAGGUAUCGAUAUGUCGUCUGGGUACAAACCACUCCAGUGUGUAACCAGCUUAAGUUAAGCAGUUCCUCUAUUUUGUUACUUGUGCACUGAUUGUUGCAUACUAGUUCAAACAGGUUCAAUUCAACAUCCGUGAGAAAUGUAUUUUAUGUAACCAUGUUAAAACUGUACAAUAAAAUUUCUGUUUUAGCAUAUUGCAUAGUUCCCAUUUAUUUAUUUUUUCUAUACAGCAAAACAUGUUACAAAUAGCAUUUUAUGUUUUUGCAUACAAAUUCUGUGAUCUGUUACAAAACCAAAAACUACUGUAUUUUAUUUUAAUGUGCUGUGUGCAUGUGCGUGCACAUGUCCACUGUAAUUUAGUGAGUGUUUCGUAAAGUGAACAUUACCACAUCCUUAGGGGAUUUAAAAUAAACUAGGAAAGCAUUUAUGGCACAAAGGGGGGUAGUGGCCCGAAUGUUUUCAGUUUUGCAUGGGUUAUGUGGCAAUGCAAAAUUGUGGAUGUACUUUCAUUAAUCUGUUUUUUGCAAACAGCAGAGAUCACUUUGCUUCUAGUUAUAGAUGAACAAGGAUAAUAAAGGUACUGGCUUAAAAAAAAUAAAAAAGAAAGGACUUUGGUGCGGGUGGGGGAUUGCUGCAUGGGAUGGAGCUUUGCAGCAAUGCACACACACUUCUGUUCCCAUAGGGACUUUUUGAAAUUUAAUAAUGUUUAUUAAAGACUAUAAAUAUGGAAAAAGUACACCCACAAAGAAUACAAUGAUAAAACAUACAAAUAGCAACGCAGGCAUGCAUAAUGACAUAAGAUGACACUGAGCCAUGGUCCAUAGGAAAAUAAGAAGACUAAUAACAAAGUAAUAUUCUUGUAUGUGGCAAAUAAAGAAAAACAAAGUUGCAAGAAUAACUGGGUAAUAGGAUAUAAUAACGUUAACAGACCAGUGGGUAUGAAUAAGUGAUGGUGGCCAUGAUACGAAGAAACAGACAUCAAUGGAGAGUGAUAAACUGGAGAGAGAGAAACUACCAACCCACCAGCUACUGUAAUUUUUCAAACAGAGCCGAUUUGGCUGGUAAUUUGCCUCUCCACUUUAUCACUUCUUGAAGGCUUAAUGCAUCUUCCCCCAUGUUAUAUAUUAUGAACAUAUGAUACAAAAUGAGAAGCUGAAGGCGCCAUUCAGAUCCACAUGGCUUAAAGCCAAGAUAUUAGCGGGGUGUAGGUUACAUUCGACCAAUAUAGUAGAAAAUUUCCCAAACAGCAAGAGAGUGGAUAACCCAAAUAAACACUUCCAUGGCUACUGAUGUAUCCUAUGGAUAACCAUUGCCCCACUAAUGAUUGAUGUCAUAUACUAACAAAACUGCUCCUUUGGAUGACAAGUAAUAAAAUGGUCUCCUAAUUUGGCAUAUGGAAUAAACCCUUAGUUUGGAGUCACUAAAAUUCAUGUCACUUUGUUGAAUAUUAUGAUUUUUAUGGAUGAAUUGCUGUUAAUUUUACAUGAUUUCAGAUUAUAUAUGUUUGUAUUUUGAAAAGUAUUUGUCUCAGAUUAAAAUUUCUGACCUUUUA